AUGAAUAACUUUCAUAAUGUUAAUAAUAUAGGGAUGGUUGCCCAACAACAAAAUAUGCAAAAUCGGAUAAAGAUCGGUGUGAGGAAUUGGCAAAAUGCCACCAUGCAAGAUUUACUAAACUUUAUUAGUAGAAAUGCUAGAGUUACAUUAUCCAAUGCAUCUAUUGAAGGUCCAUUAAUUGUUGGUUAUGUACAAUCUAAAGAUCAAGCUGAUUCAAUAAUGAAAUGGAAUGGUGCAAAUUUUGCAGGUAAUAAAUUAAAAUUUGAAUUAUUGGAUGGUCAAGGUGGUACUUCUAAUACUAUUGAAUUCCUAAGACAAUUUAUCAUUAAUCGUUAUGAUCCUCAAACUAAGAUGCUGAAUUUAGGAGGUCUGGCUCAGGAUCCAAUACUGAUACAAAAGGGGAUGUUUAAUAAUUUAUCUACUCAAUCUAGAAUGUUUCCUGCUAUGAUGAAAGUUGCCUCAAAAGAACCACAAUUGAUUGUGGAGAGUGUGAACUUAGCAGAUAAUAAAUUGAAAGAUAUUAAUGUUGUUUCAUCAUUACCACAAAGUUUCCCAAAUUUAAAGAAUUUAUGUUUGGCUAAUAAUCAAAUUAUGAGACUUAAUUCCUUAGAAUCAUGGAAAAAUAAAUUUAAAAACUUAAGGGAAUUAUUGAUGACAAAUAAUCCUAUUACUUCAAAUAAUAGUUAUCGUAGUGAAAUGUUAAGAGUAUUUCCAAAAUUGGCUAUCCUAGAUAAUGUAAUGGUUAGAGAUGCAGCUAAACUGGAUAGUAUUUUCAAUUUCCCAAUUAAAUUACAACAAUUUUAUUUUGAAAAUGAUCAAUUGGGACAAUCGUCAACAGAUUUUGUAACAAAUUUCUUAAAUUUUUGGGAUUCAGAUAGAUCUCAAUUAUUGAAUCUAUAUUCACCACAAUCACAAUUUUCUGUAUCUGCAAAUACGUCUGUCCCUGCUUCAACCAUUAAAGAUGCCGAUCAAAAUGCUUCAUUUGGUUACUAUUUACCACAUUCUCGUAAUAUUGCCAAGAUGUCUAGUGAAAAAUCUAUUGAACAAAGACUGGCUAUAGGUCAAGAACAAAUCAAUACUCUUUUCCAAAGUUUACCAAAGACAAAACAUGCACUACUAAACGAUCCAAAUGGUUACUCCAUGGAAACGAUAGCGUAUCCUCAAGUAAAUGGUUAUAUGGUCAUCUUGCAUGGUUAUUUCGAAGAAACUGAUAAACCAGAUAUAGUACCAAAUAGCAAAACUACUUCAAGGGGGAAAAGAUUUGGUUCUCAUACACCAGCAAACAAUAGACUUUGUAAAAAAUCAUUCGAUAGAAUUUGGGUUAUUGUACCUAUGAAUAAUACUUUUGUUGUUGCAUCUGAUGAAUUAACUGUAAGAUCAUAUACUUCAAAUACUUGGUCACAACCUGCUGCGCCAGCUCUUGUUGCUCCAGCUGCUACUCCAUCUGCCGUGCCUGUAGGCAUACCAACUGCACCAAUGAAUAAUAUGACGGCUAUGAAUCCUGGAUUAGUACAAGGUGGUGUUCCUGCCUUGGCACCAACGUUACAACUUCCACCAGAUGUUCAGGCACGUUUGACCCCAGUUCAAUUGGAACUACUUAAUAAAUUGCAUUUACAAACAAAAUUGAACGCAGAAUACUCUUAUAUGCUAGCGGAACAAAGCGGUUGGAAUUAUGACAACGCUUUGAAAGCUUUCCAAGCCAGUGUACAAAAUUUACCAAGAGAAGCAUUCAUUCAAUAG